AGAGUUUCCGAGAAAGUUCUAGAAAACAGCUGAUUCGAUUCGAUUUUUCUCGCGAAUUCCAGUCUUUUCCUCUUGAACAGCUGACGAAUAUAUAAACUCAGCUGUUGCAGCUAACCGGCAUAGUUGAAUUUUGAAAGCGAUCGGUGCAAGUUGCGAAUUUUUCAAGCGAUUUCUUGCGAUUCAUCUGCGUUAUUUCUUGUGCGAUUUUGUGAACGUGCACGUAUUUUGUGCGAUUUAAUCUGCGUUUUUGCGAUUUUCUUGUAUUUCGUGUUUUAUUUGAAUCUACUUAUUCUCAAUCAAGAUGUCUCUCUUACCAUACAUUGUUAACGAACUCGUCCGCGAUGCCUACGAUCCGCUCUCCUCGUUGUACGACCAACACUUCGGAUUGGGUCUAUUGAAUGACGAUCUCUACAGAAGACCAGCCGUUAACGCUUAUACCGCUCCGAUUUUAGCCGGCUACCUUCGUCCUCAUCGUCAUAGUCAUCCCGAGGAAAGCGGAAUCUCAGCGAUUUCUAAUCAGAAAGACCAAUUCAAAGUCAACUUAGACGUACAGCAAUUCAAACCCGAAGAAGUCAACGUUAAAGUCGUCGAUGAUUACCUAGUCGUUGAAGGAAAACACGAAGAAAGACAAGAUAAACACGGAUAUAUCUCUCGUCAGUUCACCAGAAGAUACAAAUUACCGCAAAACGUUAACUUAGAAGCCAUCGCGAGCAACUUAUCGUCCGACGGUAUUCUCUCAAUCACCGCUCCUAAAAAAGUCGAAAAAACUGACGCUAAAGAGAUCUCGAUUCCGGUAGUCCAAACUAACCAACCGGCCAUCAAGCAAACGAAGAAAGCUGGUGACGAAAAAUCUGCCGGCGAUAAAAUGGAGACGUAAUUUGGUUUUGGAGUCGAUUCGUGUAUAGCCGUGUCAUGUUCCACGUUAUGAUAAGUUCGGCCAUUCGUAGAAUAGCUUUCAUCUUAUUCCUUUUUCGUAGCAUUUAUUUUUAAGUCUGAUUUUCAUCGGUUUCGUAUUAUUAAGGUUUCGUUUUUCGUCGGUAUUAUGAUUAUCCUAUUUUUCUCUCGAUUUAUUAUUAUUAUUUUUUAAUGAUUUUCUAUUAUUUAUCGUAAUAUUUAAGAUGUAGGCAUCGUUCCUCUUUUUUUUCAAUCUCAAUAAAUCAUUUAUUUUUCGUGGAAA